UGUCUCCUUAGCAAUCAAUAAUUUUCCCCUCGAUUCUUCCUGUAUUGAGCAACAUUGAAUAAUAUCUGCUUUCGGCUGGAAUUUCUGGCAUCUUGGAUCCACCAAACAGUAGAUCAGUGUUGUGUGUGUGUGUUUUUUUAUCACCCAGCCUGUCUUAUGUAGAUAUGUAGACUCACUGUUCACCUGGCAGGCGGUCUGCAGUCUCUGUACGUCUGCUGCUAUAGUGAGGCAGACGCAUAACACAAUCAAGUCACUAUGGUGGAAGAAUGGUAAACAAGUGGUGCCAUUUUGGUUUGUGGUGUGGGUGAUCGCGAAAAAGCAGCUAAACUAGAAUGGCCGAGGAAACGAUCUACUUGUGUAAUUUCCGUGUUUCGGUUGACGGGGACUGGUUGUGUCUGCGUGAACUGCGCGACGUACAGCUGGAGUUGGCCAGUGAUGAGAUGAUCACCUCCUGCGAUGACGGUCAGGAUCCGAAGGUGAUAGAGCGUGCGAACCUGCUAAACGUGGCCAAGCUGAUCAUCAAGGAGCUGAUUGACUCAUCCCUCGCCCAUGGCCGCAUGCUGGACGACGACCAUGUGCCGCUACAGCAGUUCUUCGUCGUCCUCGAACACAUCCUGCGACACGGCUUACGACCAAAGAAGGGACUGUUACGUGACCGCCGGGAGUUCUGGGGAGUCCUCGAGAACAUCGAGAAGUUUGCACCAGAAGCUAAUGAAAUCACUACCAGUGUUCGCGACAUGCCACACGUCAAGACAGCGUUAGGGCGAGCCCGUGCGUGGAUCCGACUGGCCUUGAUGCAGAAAACACUGGCAGAUUACUUUAAACUGCUCAUAGAGAAAAAAGACAAUCUACUCAGUGAAUAUUACGAGCCGGGAGCAUUUCUGAUAGAGGAUGAAGGGAUCGUGAUCGCAGGACUUCUCGUCGGUCUGAACGUCAUCGACUGUAACUUCUGUAUUAAGGGGGAAGACUUGGAUCAGCCGAUGGGUGUCAUAGAUUUUAGUCUCUAUCUUAAAGGUUCUUAUAUUGGAGCUUCUGAUGAACAGGACAGUAUGGAGGGUCAAUCCAAGAUGGCCACCAUUCUGGAUCAGAAGAACUACCUUGAAGAACUAAACCGACAUUUAAAUGCCACCGUGACGAAUCUUCAACAGAAGAUGGAGCACCUGCAGACGACGAACGCGUUAAUGAAGGAAGACAUGGCGAUCGCUAAAAACACCAUCCUGAUGCUGCAGGAUGAGAACGACGCACUGCAGAACGAGAGAGAAAGCAUCACUGAGGACCACACCAAGCAGCUUGAGGCUGCGAAGGAGGACAUCAGUGCUGAGAGAGAGACGUACGAGACGUCUCGAGCCGGGCUUGAUACGAUGUACGCAGAUGCCAAGAAGAGACUGGAAGAUGAGACAUCACUCCGACUGGAUGUUGAGCGAGAACUAGAGCUCCAGAUCGGCAUGAAGACUGAGAUGGAAGUAGCGUUACAGUUGCUGGAGCGCGACAUCCACGAGAAACAGGACAACAUCGUGUCACUACGGCAACAGCUGGCAGACAUCAAGACCAUCAACCAAGAGAUGUAUACGAAACUCCAGACGUGUGAAAGUACAGUGAAACAUAAGACGGACAUGGUUGGAAAACUGGAAGAAAAGACCAAUCAGCUUGUUCAUACCUUGAAAGAAAUUGAAAAACGAUUAAAGCAAUUCGAGUCAGAUAAAAUAGCUGCUGAAGAAACGGCACGAAAACUUGGCCAAAUAAUUGCCGACAAAGAUAACAAGCGGGCGAUGCUGGAAACAGACCUGCAGAUUGAGCGCGAGUGGAGGACGACGCUACAAAAGGGUUUGGAGGAAGAGAAGCUCAGAGGAAGUGAGAUCCUCAUGGAACUGCAGCAAGCCAAGGAACUUCAGAAGAGUUAUAACGAGUUGACACGGAAACAUGAAUUGUUAAAUCGCACAUGUCAGGAACAAGAAGAGGCACUGGCAGAACUGGGGUCACAUCUUAGUGACUCCAAGCUGAAGGUCGAGGACAUGAGGGAGGCCAGUAUACAGCUGAAGGAAGCUCAGUGGGAGAGUGACGAGGCCACCAAGUGCUGCAAGCAGUGUAACAAAGACUUCUCCAUAGCCAGAAGAAAGCACCACUGUCGGUUCUGUGGAGGUAUUUUCUGUAACGAGUGUUCAGACAACAAAAUGCCACUGGCAUCGUCAUCAAAGCCUGAGCGAGUCUGUGAUAACUGCCACACCUUGUUACUCAAUCGGUAUUCAGCGACGUAAUGACAGCAUCGCUUGGUGCUGAACAGUUCACGCUGUAGUUUUAUAACGCUCGACAAGAUGACUGCAGAUUGAAAAGUACACAAGAUUGGCAACUAUUCAUAUAGAAAAUAUUUUGUGAAAAAAAACCUAAAAAUAUCACAAAGUGUAUUUUAGUGUGAUUCUAAACUACUGCACCGAUUCGCAUGGAAUUUGACAGUCCACAAUCAUAACCACAAUGCCAACUGGGAUAUCUACGGAAAUGAAUGCCCAAUCAAUUAAAGAUUAGUUCUGAAAACAGUCAGUUUGAACAUUGAUUGAUUGUAUGAUACACUUUGAUAUUUUAUCAUUGUCAGUAUGGUUCCAGUUAUAUUGCUGACUAGUGAUGUAAAAAAAAAACAUGUUGGUAUUUUAUAUCAAGUGUGUGUGCAUCAUAUUGUUGACCAGUGAUGUAAUAAACUUUAUCUUUGUUUUUAAUAUAAUGCUGAAUUUGCUGAACAUCAUAUUACAGACUCUGAGUUUGGUACCUAUUAUGAUUUGCUAAUAAUUGUGUAACAUACUUUGGAAUUUUAUAAUGCUAGAUGUGGUUCCAAUCAAAUUGCUCACCAAUAGUGUAAUAAACUCUGGUGUUUUAUUAUACUCAGUGUGUAAUAACUUUGCUAUUGUAUGAUGCUGAGUGUGGUACCUAUCAUAGUUGAUAUCAUUAGUACAAGAUUGUGAUGGAUAGGCUGUUAACAGAUACAGAUUAUGAGAUACAUAUGCUAGCUGACAAGAUACAGGACUAAACUCUCACUGACUGAGGAUGCAGAGACAUGUACCAUUAGUGAGUUCUGUGCUUGCAGCAUGCAUAUGUUUGUGUUCAGUGAACAUGCAUGUAACACAUGAUCAGAUAACAGUUGAAAUGAUCCUGUAUUGUUAUACUUCGCGAAUCAUCAUAUUUUUAAAUUUGAAGAUAUGGGGUUAGAUAUGCAAAUAUUAGCUGGCUUAACCAGGUGUUUAGAUAAUGUUUCAAAAUCAGACAUUAGAUCAAAUAGCAACUGAAGAGAUUCGUUGAAACUUGAUUAAGAAUAACCAAAGGUAUCAAAUACAAAUUUUAUAUAUUUACUUUUUUUAAAGAAAAACAAAAAUUCAAAAACAAAAAGUUUUGAGAACCCAUCAUUAGUUUAAUCAUGAUUUUAACAGAUAGGAUCAGAUUUCUGAUGUGACCAUUAGUAGUAAGUAUUGUAGAAAUACUGAGAAUUGUGUGUUUAAUUUCUUGCGUGGAAGUACUGUAAACCUGCAUGCCAUUCAGAUGUUAAAAUUAGUGGGCUAGCUAGGUUACUCAUGAAUAUUCAUCCCAGUCAACUACGAGGUCUGGGUUUUGUCCUCCGAUAUACAGUAGUGAUCAAAGUGAGAUCACAGGCUUGAUAAGUAACAAUUUGUCUGUGGACCAGGUUACUGGCUUAAAUCAAUCCACUAAACAUGAGUUCCACCACUCCAGGGGCAGAUGCAUGCUUUUUCUAGGGAGGGUGUGCAAAUUAAAAUACUGGCACGUACAGUAUUCCACAGUACACUAGCUAUACUAUAUAUAUUUAAAUAUAUAUAUAUAUAUAUAUAUAUUAUUAUGAUUAUUUUUAUAACGACAACACGCGCUCACUGAUUUAUUAAUCUUCGGCCUAUACUAUAUAUACUCAAGGGAAAAAAUUCUUGUGCAUCAAAUAAAAUGCUUUAAACAAAAA